CCAGCCCAGCAGUGUCUAACAGUGGAUGCUGCUAUGGUGCGUACACCGGCAACACCUUAGUGGUGACAUUAACGUCCUGAUUGCGGUUUUAAUGAAGAGGAGAAGUCAACGAAAGGGUGUUUACGCGUUAGAGAAUAUGAGUAAAGUGGACGCGCCAUGUCGUUCCAGCGCCUCUCUCAAGUUCACCAUUGACAACAUCCUCAACCUCAAAACAAGCGGGCGCGCCACUGACAGCUGUCACCCCCCCGGAGAGCACGAUGACUCGGUCACGGAGGCGAGUAAAGGCCGCAACCUGCAGAGCCACCACCAGGGACCCGGAGCCCAGCAGAGGCAAGGACCCGAUUCCAGGGUUAAGGAUGCAGACUUUAUCUCAGAGAACAACGGGGCGACUGCGUCGGCUGUCAGCGGCCGCGGAGACCAGAGGAGGGCGGUGGAUGCGCGUUUCGAGAGCGGGGACAGCAGCUGCGACGACUGCAGCUCCACUACUACCAUCACGGAGCCGCUUAAAGGUGACAGUCCCACAAAGAAGAGCAAAAUGACCACGAAAAAGAAGACGCGCACCAUUUUUUCCAAAAGACAGAUCUUCCAGUUGGAGACUACGUUCGACAUGAAGCGCUACCUGAGCAGCGCCGAGCGCGCCUGUCUGGCCAACUCUCUACAGCUCACGGAAACCCAGGUGAAAAUAUGGUUCCAGAACCGCAGGAAUAAGUUGAAACGGCAAAUCUCGAGUGAAAUCGACGGACCGGUUAGCGACUUCCCAGAGACGGUGAAGCCGGUGGUGGUAGGUCAGCUCCCGGCCUUGUACAAGGAGAGCAGCCUGCUGGGGAGGUGCCUGCUGCCGAUGCCAUUGCCCGUCGUGUACCCGGGCUCCAACACGCCUUACCUCUGCUUCUCAAACACCAGCAAGUACUUCAGCCUCUAUGACGGGGACGUAUGACGCUUCCACCAAGUCUGCAUGUGCAAACAGACACUUUUUCGUGACAACUUUGGAGCAUUUAUGGUUAAGCCGAUACUGUAUUUCAAGGGGCCGGAUAUGAGUCGUCAAAUGUUUAAAUUUAAGACCGCAAGUGGAAAAUUAGGAACUCAUUACAUACAAAUGACCUGUUUUGGUGUUAUUUAUUUAUUAGCCUGCGUUCUGUGCAGGCCUAACACUUCCACCUGUACAGAGACAAUAGCAGGCCUAUAAGCAAAAGGUAGCCCAGCCGUGGCCUACACCAUUAACAUGUUAUUGUUUACAUGAUAGUCCAUUAUCAUUGUUAUGUCAACAGCGUUUUCAGCAGCCAUGCCACCAAAGAAAUUAAUAUACCUUGCAUGCAUUUCCAUAACGAAUUUUUAAUUACAGAAAUUAUAUGUAUUUUAAUGAAUGCCAUUAACAUUUUAUUCACGCAUGUCUAUUUUUUUUCUUAAGUAUCUUACGCUUACGUUAUUCCACAUUUGCCUCUAGGCUCAUUACAGCAUUUACCGCAACUGUAAUUAAAACAUCUUUAUUCAAGAAAACAUUCAGUAAAAGUGAACUGUUUUCUUUAGCUCAGCUUUCAAAGUGUGACUCCUCACAAUUUGCACAUUUGUAUUUAUCACACUUUUAUUAUUGCUUUUUAUCAAAAGUAUGUAUUUUAUUGUUAUUUUUAUGGAUUUUACAUGGAGUCAGACUCCUACUGACUGGCUUGGCAAGUUGGAUAUUUAGAUUUGUCAAAGAAGUGGCAAAAUGUUGAUUUCAUUUGUAUAAGUAGGAUACACGACACUAUACUGUAACCGGUGUAAAUACCUGGUUGGCACACAGGGGAAAAGGUCAGACGUGGAAGAUGGUAAAGAAACAUUGGAAAGGACUGAAUGUUCGCCUGGCAUGCUCAGAUUAAAUAACAUCUAAUCUUUUUUUUUUUUAAGUAACAGGACCAAAGUUAUUACAUUCACAAAUUAGUAAAUUAGUCAACUUUAUUAUUAUCAAACUGUGAUGUGAGUGUUUACCACAUUGGAAAUAUUGUAUUCAAUGUAUUUUCUUUUUAUAUAUAUAUAUAUAUAUACGUAUAAAUACUACAGUAUUGGAGGUGCACUUCAGUUCACCAUGAAUUGUAUUUUUUCUAUAAGCAGAAACUGAGUUGAUAAACAGUUCGUAUUGGAAAUUUUAAAUGGACUUUUCUGUAGACAAAAUAAAAUAUCCUGGAAAAUAGUACUGUAAAUUGUGGCCAGCUGGUUUAAAGUGUAUGGUCCUGCAGUUGUUUAACCAUAUUCAAGCAUCCAGGUAAUCUAACCAGACAUAUAGCCACAAACUAAGCAUAAUAUAAAUGCUGAGAUGGGCAGAGCUGAGCUCAGACUGAUCUGAAGUCAUUCGUCAUACUACACAAAGACCUGCUUUGAAACUCCAGUGAAUUAAACAGAAUUAUUUUUUGAAAAAAAAAAAAGAGGUGAAGCUAGCACAUUGUACAAGUACAAUUCUUGCAAUUCUAGACCACAAUCAAUAACGGUUAUCAAUGUUAAAUGAAAUUCAACUUAAAAAUACAUAUGUAAUGUGAUUUAUUUUCAUCAAAAGCCCUGUAUUUAAAUGGAAGUCAUUUGACAUCAUCAUUGCACUUUGCCACAACACUCAGGGUGCGCACAAACCUCCACUCUAAUCAAUACCAUGCAUUCAUGUAAUGCAAAUUGAAAAAUUGUCAAUCUGUACUCUUAAAUAUGAAUCCCCUUUGCCUCCAAGUAGCAGGAAGGAACAUUGUAUUGCAUUUGAACAGUUCUAAACACAUUCAGCGGCAGUGAUUUAAUCAUUUGUGCAUUGUACCGACUGCAACUCUAUGGUGGAGGAGCAAAAUAUGACAAAAAUAUAACGCUGACAACUCACCACCCAUAUAUGGACAAAGUCAAGACAAAUGUGAUGGAAUAUUAAAGCUACUGUAAUGCUCAUGAAAGCGAAAAAUAACAUGCAAGUGUGUGUAUGUGUGUGUAUUAAGUGGAAAAAAGGAGGUCUGUUAUAUCUGGCAGGCUGUCUUCUAUUGCUCACUACCCACAGUUCUUUCAGAGUGACUUUCAAGACAUGGCAGGAAGAUUAACGUUGUAGCAGGGCAAAAAAAGGAAUUUAGGGGAGAACAUUUCUACCUUAUAUUACAUAAGCAAACUAAAGGACUUGACUUAGACUUCAAUGAUAGAAAAAAUAUCACCAAAACAACAUCAUGCUUCAUGUGCUAAUUUCUUUCUCUGCUUGCCUCCAACCUAAUCCCACCUCAUGUCAGCAAUGUGUGUCAGAGCCCUGGUUCAUGUAGUUGUAACUGAAUGUGUAAAAGAGAGGGGGAGCUCAGUCAGAACCAUUUGAUGAGUGUGUGUUUGUAUUGGAAAUAGUACGAUCACGUUUGUAUUUCUGCACGGGUCUGCGCCUCUGUAAGGCUGAGGUCUGGCUUCUCAGAGGCAAGGAAGUGCGGUUCCUAAUGGUUGGAGAGUGUAUCCAGAAGUGACCAAUUGUGUGCGCACGUUAUGUCUGUGUAAAAGUCUCUGGCAGUUUCUUUCUGCAUGACUAGUUGGGGGCCCCUUUCUCAGCUCGCCCGUUUCUUUAACCUCUGUUGACCUCUUCUAGUCAUCUGACAAAGGUCGUCACCUAAGAUGAAUGGAGAGACUGUCCCUGAACAUCUGUCUGAGAGACAACAUAUUCUCACCAGCAAUGAAUAUCCAAGAAUGAAAGCGUGUGUUGUGGAAAAAUAUCCUACAUUUGUUGAGCCAUAAUAGCACACGCCUGCAGCAGCAUACUCCACAAACAUGGCAAACUGAAAACACCGGUUUGGCACACUGUGGAAACUCGGACGCCGGUUGACCCGCAAUUUGAAAUUAGAAUUUUCAGUUUGGAGAAUAAAAUUUGAAUUGUGUGUAAUGAAAACUGUACGGGCAAUAUUUAUAUUUAACAUAAGUUAAGUUAGAAAAUAAAACUCAGUUUUGAAGGCGUGUCAACCUAAAGCAGCAUGCUUUUUAAGAUUCAUAAUGGUCCCACAAGUAUAAACAGGACUAAGUUAGGUACUUCUAUGAAUGAUCUUUACUUAUUGUUGCUUUAGCCGGCCACUGAUGGUCUGUGGUGCAGGGGUGGCCAACCUUUUUUCCUCUGAGAGCUACUUUUAAAAAAUGAAAAUGGCCGAGAACUACCACCUUUGUAACAUUUAUUUUCAUAGCUUAUUUCAGACCAAACAAUCCGAAUUUGCAAUCCGACAAUGUUGGCAUCCGCAAAACACAUUUUGUAUUAAAACAUCAACAAAAAAGUUUUUGUUCAUCUGCAUCUUGCAUUUCAGUAUGCACAUCUUUCCAGUGCAGGGGUGUCCAACUUUCAUCACUAUUAAAGCUGCUUUGACAAAAAGGAGAGGUGAGCAAUUUGUGUUUUGUUUGUAUGGCUGGCAACAUUUAAAUUGUACUUUAUUUACAAAGCCGAUAUCCACUCAAACAUUGUGGUAUUUUGUGGUAAUUUGUCAUUAAAUAGAAGCAUAACGUUUGAAUUGAACAGUUACUGUACAAAAAUACUAAGCGCUAAAGCAAACACUCAUUGUGCCUUUGGUGGGCUACUCAAAAUCAGCU